UUCAGCGGUUGCCAGAACUCGUAUUCAACAUUUGCUGAUAGCUCCGAAGCCUACUAUGAUCACUUUUUUACCAGUAUCGAAGAAGACCGCCUCCUGAAAGCGGAACUCAACCGACUCUUGGAGAAUUCAUCAUUGCUGCCUGUUGACACAAGUUUGACCUCUGCUCAAGAGAAGCCUUCCAUCGAUGAAGUGACUGGACGAAACUCUGAGCAAACGGCCUACGAAAACGCAGGUCCUUACGUGGUUUCAGCCACCAACACGGAAGAACAGCGUGUCUCCGAUCUGCGAGAGUCGAUUGUACAACAGCGCGACCUUUACAGAACUGCUUUUGUAGAGCUUCGAGCUCUUCGACCUCGUAUAGAACAUGCUCAACACUGCCUGGAGACAGCUAAAAUGGAUCUCGUGCGUGGCUUUGAAACCUGGUGGGCCAAACAAACAGGAAUAGCAGAAGAGUUAAUCCAUCCCACAAGUUGCACCGAUUCGAACUCGGAAAAUCAUCAAUUCAGCACUGCCACUCCCCUUGAACCUUCAUUGUCCCACUCUUUUCUGCCCAUUUCGUCAUCGCCGCGUCGAGCCCCACUCUCACUUUCGGCAACCCACUCGUCCUUCAGCCCACGACAGACAAGACAUUUGCACUCCGAUCAAAAGGACCGGCCGCCAACUUCAGAGGUAAAAGAGCAUAGCAACUAA